AUGUCUCCCUCUGAUAUCACCAACAUGACAUUGUAUGUGCCUGGAAUGGGCGUGAUCCCCUCAUCUGCGACCUCUGGUCGACCAUCCAAGAAUUCACGAAGAGAUUCAUCAUCAUCAUUCUCGUGGAGAUCCUCUUGUUCUUCGUCACUUACAACGUCUUCCACCAGCAACGGUCUUUGGGAACAACAACAACAACAGGAAGACUGCUCCUCAUCAUCGUCCGAGCUCUCCUGGAGUGAUCACAGCAAUCCAGACUGCGCUGCCACGCUGGUGCGUCAAGUCCGCAAAUCAGCUCCCGCCUGCGUCCCGUUUAUUGUGCCAGGGAUUGGACUCGUCCCGGUUCCAAAGUUGACACGCAGCUCCAGUGCAGGAUCUUCGUGUUCCAAUCAUACUAAUGGACGACAACAACACAAGUUAGACUUUCGUCGUCGAAGUGUGGAUCGGGCAUCGUCCUGGCGAAGUUGCCGCAGUGUCCCUUCCAUGGAGACUGUCGUCGAAUAA